AUGCUGAACUUUGGAUCGGCCAUUGAGAUUAGAACUGAUAGUGGUCCAAAUACCGAUUCGGUUCUGUCUACGAGUGACACUCAAGUCUCCCCUCCCGAGGCUGCCAACCUGAUUCCAACAGCACUCACGAAUGAGUUGGACAUGCUCUGGGACAGCUUCCAGCUGCAACACAACCCUUUUGACCUUUCAUUUUUCAGCCCAGAAUUUCCCAUGAACUUUCAACCAUUUGACUUUGCGCCUUCCCUCGAUAUACAACCGUUGCCAGAGACGACGACACCUGCCAGCGAGGUCUCAGGCAGAGCGGAGGAAUCUAUCUGGCAGGAUGAUUUGCCAUGUGCCUCUGAAUUAUUACGCCAGCUGCCUCUCAAAGAUUCCACAAUACCUCCUCGUCCUAGAUUACCCAACGUAUCGACUGCUUCCCCGAGUGCUGAAGCAUACUUGCCCUCUGCGCCGAGGAACCCGUGCUACAUGUCCCCCCAAGACUACGACCAAAUUUCAGCUUCUGUUCAAGAUAACGCUGCUCUUCUCCCCCUACAAUUCCAGCUCCCCUCCAAACACACCCUAAGCAGGUAUAUCGAAGGUUUCUCCGGGUUUAACUUGCACCGACCUUUUCUGCAACUGUCCACGAAAAGCCUCUCUCAAAUGCCUCUAGAGCUUGUCUUCGCGAUGGCUGCAAUGGGCGCGCAGUAUCGGUUUGAGGCAGAGCCAGCCUUGUCUUUAUACUACGCCGCGAAAAGCAUCAUAGAUGCGAGACUCAACAAAGUUUCAGCAGCCGUAGUGGAAGCAGCGCGCAACUCGACUAUACAGGCAAGGCCAGCGCUCGAAGCCAUGCCUAAUAUUGCGGCGAAUUCGGCAGGCCAUACAAGCCAACCAGCCAUAAACAUCGAGACAAUUCAAGCCAUGAUCAUUUGCAUGUCCCUAUGUUCAUGGGAGUACAAGAACUUAUUGCCAGAUGCUUUCAUUCUGGCUGAACAAAUCGUGCUACACUUACACCAGGGAGAUUAUCUGUGCCAAGAGGAUCCAUCUGAAGAUGAGACUUGGUUGCAAUGGAUUCGACGCGAAGGACGCAGACGAACCGUUUUCAUCGCCUUUAUCCUCUUCAACUUACAUUCGAUCUUCUAUGACACACCGCCGCGGCUCAUGGCUCGUGAGCUUUGGUCGAUCAAAAUGCCACAGCAGGAAUCUCACUGGUGGGCUGCCACAGCACUCGAAUGGGAGGAAAUCCGGCGACGCGAUCCCCCCAUAUGCCGCACUUUUGGUGAUUAUUACUCGGACUUGGUAGUCCCUCGUGAAGCUCGAGGUCCGCACCAUCGAACUUCAGCGUUUGGAUGUCUGGUUUCGAUUCAUGGUCUCGUGCAGCAGAUCCAGCUCACGAGGGACACACUAUUACACAUUGAUACGUCGGGUGCGGAUCUCGAUACAACACCGCUGUCGGAAGACGUCUACAUGAAGUUUAGGCGGGCUCUCUGCCGUUGGGAUAGCGGCUGGGCUUCGAGCAGGGAAUCCACAACACAGCCCAUUGCCCACAUGGCACCGCUGGGUUUCAACGCCACGGCCGUGUUUCGGAUCGCCUGGAUAAGACUUUGCUUCAAUGCAGUCCCAAGCCGGAACUUUAGCAGCAGAGAUCCUGCCGUGAUUGCAGCCUCUUUUGCUCGAUGCCCCCUACCAGAACGCUCGCCGCGCCUAUACUCGGCAGUUCUCCAAAGUGCACAUGCGCUCAGCAUACCAGUGCGAAUUGGCCUGAGAUAUGCGUCAAAAACCCAGAUUGUAUCCUGGAGCAUUGUUCACAGCAUUGCUAAUCUGGAAUGUGCUCUAUUUCUGAGUAAAUGGUUGGAGCGAGCGAGCUUAGAGAGCCACUUGUUGCAUGAUGAGGAGAAGGUGCUGGUUCGCGUCAUUGCGCGGAUAUUAAAAGAAACUCCAUUCUUUAAUCCCGCCCUGGAUGACGAAUUCAGCACAACGACGAUUAAACAGAUGGCGUAUUCGGUGUUAAAACUGUUUACGGAGAUGUUCAAGCAGUCGCAUUUGUUUGAUGCGAUUGGUUCAUGUAUAGAGGCGGCUGAUCGAUAUGCGUCCACCUUGGAAUGUUAUAAUGAAAUCCAAUGA